CUUGUUGUACAUUUUCAGGAGCGGGGGCCGGUGAGCGAGUGAAGCCAAGCAAGAGCCAGGGAUUGUGGUGCUCUGCGGGACUUGCCAGCAGGUUGUGCUUUAAGGGGCACCCCGAUGGGACUGUUGUUGGAGGAGCCGCACUGAGGGCCGCCCACGUCGGUGGUCCCCCACCACCGCCCCAAGCUGGAGCCGGCGGACGCGCUGCCGUCGUGCACCGGCGGCAGCACCCGGAACGCACACACCCUCACAGAUUUGAGUUGCAGUAACGGUGCCGAGGUAGAGCUGGUGAGCCUGAUUGAAGAGCAGCUGCCUCGGUACCGAUUGCGAGCGGACACCCUCACCGAAUUCGGAGGUUACGACAAGGAGGAUUGGUCCAUUAUUCCAUCGCCGUGUCUUCCCAGUCCUGAGAAUCUGGACUUGCCUCCUGAGCUCAUCCAAGAGACGCUAAACUAUUUUGUGGUGUCGGGAGAGCGUGUGAGCCAGAUGACACGGACGUACAGUGACCCGGAGGCCCUGACACGGCUUCUGGAGGAGAAGGAGCGUGACCUGGAGCUGGCAGCCCACAUUGGCCAAGGGCUGCUGCGCGAAAAGCGGGAACUGGCCUGCCGCACAGACGCCCUCGAGGCUGAGCUGCUGCAGGCCCAGGAGUCGCUUACGCAGCUGCGCCACGAGCUGGCCCUCAAGGCCUCCCUUCUGCAGGUGUACACUGCACAAGAGGAGGCCGACGCUGCUCUGCCCUCGCCCACCGACGAGGACGAUGUUCCAGUGAGCACAUUAACCCGCAAGAUCCAUGAGCUGGAGGAGGAGAACUGCAAGCUGAAGGCUGAGUCCCAGAGCCAGCUGAGCCACCUGGAGGAAGAAGAGAAGAAGGAAAUGCAGCUCAUUCGGGACUGUGUGAGGCAGCUGUCCGAUGUGACGAAAGAGUCCAGCCACCUCCAGGAGGAGCUGUGUCGACGAACCGAGGUGAACUUGCGGCAGCAGCAGGAGAUCCUGACACUCAACGCACAGCUCAAUGACAUGCAGCGAUAUGCCCAGUCGCUGCGUGCGGAGGCCGAGGAGCUGCGGGCGCAGCUGGCCCUGAGCCGUGGCCUGCAGCAGCAGCAGUCAGAAGAGCUCCUGGAGGCCCGCGCCCGCUACCUGGACCUCAAGGAGGCCUUCCUCGAGCUGCAGGCGCAGCUGCGGCACCGAUCACAGGACGACGAGUCCCGACACGGUACCACCAUCUGGGGCAGGUGCGCCAGUGGACCAUUGUCCUUGGCCUGUGAGCUGCAGGCCUGCAUUGCAGACCAAGGGGACCAGACUCCCAUUGGCAGUGGUACGGGAGACGGAUUUCCUUUAAAGCCUGCCUGCAGCCCUUGGUCUCAGUCUGAGGAGUCUGAAGAGUCGGACUGUAAUGACAGCCAAUACUCUUCACUUAGCAGCCUGGGCCUGAGCCCUCGCAAGGGUAGGAAGGGUUCAUGUCGUCGGCUGCCACCGAGUCCCUGGGGUGGCCCUUUGGCUCGGCCAUUCCGCCUCUCUGACAAGCUGCUCAUGGUCAAGCCUCUAGAAGGUUCAGAGACGCUAAAACAGUGGCAGCGGCUGGCAACACCUGGGCUCGGUGACCUCUUUGAGGAUCAAGGGUCGGGAGUCAGGCUAAAGGGCGGUCUCCCAGUACAGCCGCCUCUGCAGGCUCCACAGGACUGCCUGGGUGAGGUUGACCUCAACGGCUUGGCAGGAAAGGCUGCCCCUGGGAUUCCAGAUGGUGUGGCACUUAGGUGCUGGGUCCAACGUCCAGGCUGGGAGCCAGAAGCACCCUGGCUGCGGCUGCAGGCCUGCCUCAGCAAGUUGAACAGCAGCAGCGGUGAAAGUCGGACGCCCAGUGUGUUACUACAAACACAACAGCAGCUACAGGAGCAGCAGGACAAGCCAGUCCCUGGGACUCCGCCAUCGUCCCCCGUGAUGCACCGUCGUGGAGCCACCAGGCUUCUGCGUUCCUAUCGAGCUUCAUCGCGGUGCUCUUCACCAGCACGGCCAUUGAAGCUGGCAGUUGUCUACGAGGCUGGUGCCACAAAGCAGUGCACAACGGACUCAUUGCAGACUUGCAGUAGUUUGCCAGUCAGCAGCUAGAGACAGUGUGACUAGUGCUCUUGAGCAAGCUCGUAAUUUUAUUUUUUUCUUGAAGUGAUAUUUACACAUCUGUUAUCUAGUUGUUUCAAGGUUGGCUUGAUUCCAGAGAAAUAUUCAUGUAAGCUUUUUGAUAGGGAGGGCGAAUCCUGCGGGCACACAGUUGAUCUUCAGAAAGACCACCACUCGUGGAAAGCUUUCUCUUUUAGGGAAACUGCACCUUUGGACGAGACUGCAGUUUUUCGGUGCGCCUGACACCAUUGCUUUUAUUUGUGUGCCAAAAUGUUAGCUGAAUGUUACUUUUCUGACCGUCCCCCAGUGGUGACUGACAAAGAACGCUGUGCAGUGUCCGCAGGCAUAUUACUGGCCAUGUUUUUUAGCUGUGAACCCGCUACCAAAAAAUGAACAUUUGAAUUGGACUUCUGCAAAUGAGCAAGUAAGAACGCACAUUCUUCUCGCACAUAACAAAGCAGAAAACUGGGCGAGUUGGUAUGUAUUCAUCGUCACUGGAUAGCGCGCACUUACAACGAGGACAAAGGGAGAAGAACACGACAGCACAAGCGCUAACUUUCAACUAAAGUUUAUUAAAGGAAAAAUGGAAGAGAAGAAAAUAACACGAAAUACCGCACAUGCGUCACUGCGCAGAAAACAUAACUAAAUUAUAAGCCACACAUAAUAUCAAAGCCUAACAACAUGGCAGUUGAUAACCAAUCUGUUCACCGUUGCAAGGCGCUAAUCAGUGUGGCCAAGAAAAGACAGUUCUUUAUCUGUUAGUGCCAAUGACGUCUGGCUUACACAUCUAUGUCCUUCUCUUUUGAUUUGGAAGGCCUCCCUUGUAGUCUUGUCGUUGUGACGGAAUAAAACUGUGGUGCCUGUGAAAUCCGCGGAGCACCCGCAGUCCCUGCAAUGGAUGCCAAGGUGCGUCGAAAAUGUAGGACCUUUAACUGCGUUCCUAUGUUCAUUGAGGCGCAGAUUCAGACAUGUGCCCGUCUGGCCAACAUAAACGCGGCCACAUGAUAACGGGAUGCUAUGUACGACUCCCGAGGCGCAAGGUAUGUGGCUGUAGGUGCGGUUAAUGCUGCAGGCUUGACUGUUCCUAGAACUCGACUAUGCGUCUGCGCACCGCGGGGCAUAUGCUGCGUACCUUGUGUUCCGCGGAAAACACCACCUUCACCUCAUGCCAGGCGCCACCAUUUUUAGACGAUGUGACAACCCAUGCACAUAAGGUAUCACGGCAAACUUCACCUUGUCUUUUGCUUUCGGCUCCGUCACGCCUAGCUGCUGCCCUGCCAUAGAUUCUUUUAGCUCCCGCAAAAGCCGGCUACAUGCGAGAACCGUCGUCUGGUUCGGGUAUCCCGCCUUCCCAAGUUUGCUCAACUGAACAUUAACGCGUGCUUCCAUCAUGUGUUCACAUGAUUUUGUCAGGGCUGAUCGCAGAGCAGGUAUAGCUAUGCCAUUCUUAACAACCUUAGAGUGGGCCGACUAUAUUGCCAACAGAUAUGACCUGAAUCAAAAGUAAGCUUAACAUCUAAGGCAUGGGAUUGUACUUCACUACAGAAACUGCUGUUAAUGGUUCGAUAAAGUUUUUAGAUGUUAAGCUUACUUUAGAGUGGGCCGGUCGGCCCACUCUAAGGUUGUUAAGAAUGGCAUAGCUAUAUCUGUUCUGCGAUCAGCCCUGACAAAAUCAUGUGAACACAUGAUGGAAGCACGCGUUAAUGUUCAGUUGAGCAAACUUAGGAAGGCGGGAUACCCGAACCAGACGACGGUUCUCGCAUGUAGCCGGCUUUUGCGGGAGCUAAAAGAAUCUAUGGCAGGGCAGCAGCUAGGCGUGACGGAGCCGAAAGCAAAAGACAAGGUGAAGUUUGCCGUGAUACCUUAUGUGCAUGGGUUGUCACAUCGUCUAAAAAAGGUGGGCGCCCGGCAUGAGGUGAAGGUGGUGUUUUCCGCGGAACACAAGGUACGCGGCGUAUGCCCCGCGGUGCGCAGACGCAUAGAGUCGAGUUCUAGGAACAGUCAAGCCUGCAGCAUUAACCAUACAUACAGCCACAUACCUUGCGCCUCGGGAGUCGUACAUAGCAUCCCGUUAUCAUGUGGCCGUGUUUAUGUUGGCCAGACGGGCAGAUGUCUGAAUCUGCACCUCAAUGAACAUAGGAACACAGUUAAAGGUCCUACAUUUUCGACGCACCUUGGCAUGCAUUGCAGGGACUGCGGGUGCUCCGCGGAUUUCACAGGCACCACAGUUUUAUUCCGUCACAAGGACAAGACUACAAGGGAGGCCUUCCAAAUCAAAAAAGAAGGACAUAGAUGUGUAAGCUAGACGUCAUUGGCGCUAACAGAUAAAGAACUGUCUUUUCUUGGCCACACUGAUUAGCGCCUUGCAACGGUGAACAGAUUGGUUAUCAACUACCAUGUUGUUAGGCUUUGAUAUUAUGUGUGGCUUAUAAUUUAGUUAUGUUUUCUGUGCAGUGACGCAUGCGCGGUAUUUUGUGUUAUUUUCUUCUCUUCCGUUUUUCCUUGAAUAAACUUUAGUUGAAAGUUAGCGCUUGUGCUGUCGUGCUCUUCUCCAUUUGUCCCCGUUGUAAGUACGCGCUAUCCUGUGGCGAUUCUUCUCGCGUAUCUGCAUGCCUUACCCGUAAGGUGGCACAGCGCUGAAAUGGUGGUGCCCUCCCAUUGGAUUACAACCAUUCAUGUCUGCAGCACUAAAUGAAUGGACCUUUCCAGAAAGUGGUGUGCACUUUAGCCAUCUCGGGGCAGAGAACCCCUCGUGGCCGUAGUAAAUCUGUAGUCCCUCACAAUAGUGUGGCUCAAAAUGAUAUCUUAGCACAUGAAAUCCCCGAAUGUAUUUGUUUUUUAAACACUCAGUGUCUGGAUACAAAAUAUAUAAGUUCGAAGGACUUUUUCAUUUUUGCACUAAACAUUGUAGCAUGAUACAAGCAUCAAUUCUUUAUGGGUCAUGCACAACAGACGAAGGGGCGAUAUCGAUCUCUCGCUUGAAAAUGAUAAAAUCGGUCACGUAGUCACAUUUAAUUGUGAUAGACCAGUACAGAUUAGAAGCUGCUGCACAAACUGAUGUUUGAGCUCAGUGUCGCUGAAUUAAUUUGACAGCAAUCUGCGCAUUACUAUUGAGCUCCUUGACCACAUCAUUUGCAGGUUUGAGAAACGCACGUGUCUGCAAAGAUGUAACACAGCGUCUAGUUGUUGAGCUGCGUGAGCAUAACCAGUUCAGUCUGUAUUGUGUAUCUGCAAACAUUCUUUAAAAGACUGGGAUUAAAAAAAAAGAAUAAUUGAACGAAAAGCAUCUCAGGCUACGUGAAUGUCACAGCCCAACGAAACAUUAGUCUCAACCACAGCCCACUGCAUUAGUGAACAGCAUCGGCAAUUGCUGGGUGUGGCGUUGGCAGCCUAGACAGCCAUGCGCUCCAACCUCUUGCACGGGGACUUCUGGAAAGGUCCUUAUAUAGCGGGAGGUGAGGGCUCUUAUGACCCCCAUUUUUCUCUAUUGCCUAACAUGACGAUUUCAGGAAAGCUGAGUGUCUUUUAGUGGAGGAUCAGAAGGCGUUUUCCAUGGGAGACGGGAUAGUUCCCUCUGUGACUGAAAGUUGCCCUACAAAUGCAGUUGUCCAUCAAGGUGAUUGAACUUUCUCUGGGCGAGCUUCUUGUUUUGAUUGGUCUUGUAGUUUGUGUGUUUUCUUUCACUUUGUACACUUCAGCUGCGGUGUUGAAUUGUUGACGUGUUUCUUGUAUUAGGCGUGGGGAUGUGUAGGUGGUUCAAGAUGCAUGGUAGUCUGCAUGAGCUUUCAUAGUGAGACACACUUGAAUGCGUUUGUUUUAUACACAUGUUCUGUUGAUAGAGCUCAUUAGAGUAAGGCACAGAGAUUCAAUUGAAUGCAUUGCUUAGUGAGAGGGGGCAAGCUUAAACCUGAUAUGGGACACAUGGACCAGCUCUUUUUACAGUUUAAGCAGUACUCUGGCACACAGACAAAAUGAUUUGAAAGUUACAUAGAAGGCAAGCAACAUAUUAUAUGUCGAGCAGCUAAAGUUAUUGAGGAUAUUAAAACAAAGUAUACCUUUUUUAAUGACAA